UCCAUAAGAAUCCACCUAGAACUCAACUGCUUCACCAACCAGAGAGAAAGGAGAUCUUUUCGAUUGUUUAGCUGUUUAUAUUUCAGAACACUUUCAAAGACAGAGUUUUUAAAUUUAAACAUCAGAAUUUGACAAAAGUGAAAUUGAAAACGUGACAAAACGUCAUACAAUGGAUCAAAAGAUUCAUUGAUUAAAUGGUGACAGCAUUGCGGGUCCAUUACAAUGGGAGCAGUUAGAGAUCCCGAAGUUCUUAUUCAUAACUGCAAAUCUCUGCAGACAUAAACAACAACAAGAACAAUUCGCCUCUGAAAUUCAGAACACAAAGUACAAGAAGAAGAAUUCCCGCUGAAAUUAACUUUAAGUUUGUUUCUCUUCUUUAACAAGUUAAAACAACCCAUAACAGGGGGGCCAACUGAGAGCUAAAUUUUGGGGGGAGGCAAAGUCAUGUUAUAAGUUUUGCAUUACUUGGGUGUCGUUUAUAGUUUGUUUGAAUACGACCCAAAAAAUUGUACUGUAUUCUAGAGUGAAAGCUGCAAUUAUUUCAGUAGAUUUUGUUCUGUCCGGCAAAUUGAUUCCAGCGUAUUUAUCAAUGCAUUAGGAUAAAAUACAGAGGUUGAUAUUGAUUGGCCUUGCGUUUUGUUUUUAAUUGGGUGAAGCUAGGGGAGUGUCAUGUUCACAUGUAUAUAUCGGAAUUUGAACAAAUUGUGCAUGAGUUGCCAAACAAGAAAUUCAAGGAGGAAGAGAAGCAAAAGACCCAAAAAUAUGGUCAGAAUGGGCAACAAGAACAGAAAACAGGGGACCUAUGAUCAAGAAAAUUCAAGGCCUAAUCCAGAAGUAAAAACAAGAACAAUUAGGCUUGCAACUUUUAAUACAGCUCUGUUCUCCAUGGCUCCUGCACUUCCAAGAACCAUUGCAGAACAGUCUACGUUGAAGGAUGCGAGUGGUGAGCGUUAUCAAUAUUCAGAUAAACUAGAUGCAAAAGGAAAGACAGUAAUUGGGUCUUCUUCAACUAAGGAGCCAAGGAGUAUUUUGAAGCAGUUCCCUGGCUCAAAAGUCACUGCGGACGAUUCUGUGCUGUACCCAAUGAAAAAGUUGAAGUAUGGUGAAGUUUCUGGUUCUAAAUCCAGAUUAAGGGUGACUAUAAACCUUCCUGAAAAUGAAAUUUCAUUGAGUCGUUUGAGGCAUUCGAGGUCUGUUGUCUCUCAGGAUCCAAGUAGCAGCCACCAUGGAAUGAUUAGGAGAUCAAAUUCGGUGGAAGAUUUGAAAACCCACCUGAGCUCUGUUACAAGCCUUGUUGAUUUUCCUUACCCUGCCAGGCAUUCCAUUUCUAGUUCAAGGGAAAUCUAUGAAGUGAGUAGUCCUAGACCUUAUGAAACUUCAAACAGGAACAGAAAUAUUUUGGAAGUUUUGAAAGAGGUGGAUGCUGAUUUGGUGGCUCUUCAAGAGGUUAAGGCAGAGGAGGAGAAGGGAAUGAAACCAUUGUCAGAAUUGGCAGAGGCUUUGGGGAUGAAGUAUGUAUUUGCAGAAAGUUGGGCUCCUCAAUAUGGGAAUGCUAUUCUUUCCAAGUGGCCUAUAAAGAGAUGGAAUGUUCAAAAAAUUGUUGAUGACUCGGAUUUCAGAAAUGUGUUGAAAGUGGUGGUUGAUGUUCCACUGGUUGGGGAACUGCAUAUCCAUUGCACUCAGCUGGACCACCUAGACGAGGGGUGGAGGAUGAAGCAGGUAACGGCAAUGGUGAGUGGAGAGGACACUCCACAUAUUUUAAUUGGAGGCUUGAAUUCCCUUGACACAAAUGAUUAUUCUGAAGAACGCUGGGAAGAUAUUGUAAAGUUUAAUGAAGAAAAAGGCAAACCAACCCCAAAAGGUGAAGUAAUGAAGCUCCUCAAAGCAAAGGGCUAUAUUGAUGCUAGGCAUUUUGCAGGAGACUGUGAGUCUGUUGUGGUGAUUGCAAGGGGUCAAGGUAGUAUUUCACAUUUUACACUAUCAAACAUUUUCCAAUCAUGUUUGUCCUAUUGUUCUAAUAUAGAGAAACUUGAGUGUAUUUCAGAAGUACAAGGGACUUGUAAGUACGGAACACGUGUGGAUUACAUUUUAGCAUCCCAUAAUGCACCAUACAAGUUUGUUCCUGGUUCAUAUGCAGUGGUCUCAUCCAGGGGAACUUCAGAUCACCAUGUUGUGAAAGUGGAUAUUCAGUUACAAGAACCCAUCAAACCUGCUCAAAAGCAAAGGGCUCCAAGGAUUUGGCAGCCUUCACCUAGUAGAGGUAUUUGGCGAUUACAUUGAUGGGUAUAUUUGGUAAGAGUUUGACAAACCUUACAAAGGGUAUAAUAAACCUUUCAAAAGGUCUACAGAGGUCAUUUGAUGACUUCAUCUGUAAAUCAUGUAAGUUGAAAAAAAUUGUGUAUUUGUAAUUUUGUAUAGUGAUUCUUCCCAUGUAAUUUUCAUGAUUGUGCUCCUUGAACAAAGAGGUGGAGUAAUUCGUCAGUUUUUUUGUUUAACAACGUGAUGAGGGUGAGUUGAUUGGGAGUCUUUUUUGUUUUUGUUCUCUUCUUGGACUUGGAAGCAAGUCGAUCUCUGAUUUUUUGAGUUAUUAGAAUAUCAAUGAUAUCAGAUUUCCACAAUCUAUGAUUUUGAUCAAUGCUGAAUUUUUGGAUUA